AUGUCGAUGUACAGAUUCGUCAAAGAGGGCAGCAGUAAGAGGCUCUUCGUCCAAGGAACACUCGAAAGUGAUGAAACAAAGCCACUGAAGUCGAGCCUGAAAAAGCCUGCUCCAUCGCCGGUGGGAUCUCCCAUCACGACCAGCCUGAAUCUAGCUUCUGUACCAAGAAGUCUGAGAGAUAGUUUGACGAGAAACGAAACUGUGUACGAUGGUAACUAUCCUGGUAUGGAAAGAACCAGCUACCGGUCUGGGUCGUACAGAGAAGAGAGUUACAACGGUCGUAUAGUACAUGACGGGAAUCAGACACAUUUCGAAUAUGAUGGAGAUAGCGCAUUGGCCGUGCCGCUCUCGGCGGGUGGUAGAGGUCUGUCGGAACUGCAGGAGAUUCAUACGAACAAGCGUUUGUCGACCGAGGUCCUUGGCUCCUCGCUGGAGUCCACAAAGAUCUCGAAGAAAGACGACAGCGGACAGCGACGUAUUACAACGAGGAUUGUGCGGAAGGUGACGACGCUGACCCGCGGUGAGGAGAAGGCGUCCGUAGAGGAUGUCAGAGGAAGAGAGGUUCAUAGAUCAGCUGAACGAUAUAGACAUGUUGAGAUGGAAUCAUCGCUUCCUAGGAAGGUCAAGAUAUCCGACAUAGUAGUCGGUCAAGAGCCUAAUAUGACGGCUCGUGAGGCGCUGCUCAGUUGGGCGAGGCGCUCCACGGCCAAGUACCCUGGAGUAAGGGUCGCUGACUUCACGUCUUCCUGGAGAGAUGGACUGGCCUUCAACGCUCUCAUACACAGGAACCGUCCUGAUCUGAUAGACUGGCGUAAUAUCAGAUCAAGACAGGUUCGAGAGCGUUUGGAGACGGCCUUCCAUGUGGUGGAGAAGGAGUACGGAGUCACCAGACUUUUGGACCCUGAAGACGUGGAUACUCACGAGCCUGAUGAGAAGUCUCUCAUAACUUACAUCUCGUCCUUGUACGAGACAUUCCCGGAGCCCCCGGCAGUACAUCCCCUAUUUGAUGCGGAGUCCCAGCGACGGGCCGCUGCUUAUACCGAGCUGGCAGCCCAGCACCGCGCCUGGCUUCAUGAGAAAUGCUCCUUGAUGCAGGAUCGUGCUUUCCCGUCAACUUUGAUUGAAAUGAAAAAGUUGCUUAGCGAGAGCACCCGCUUCAGAAACGAGGAGGUUCCUCUCAGACAGAGAGAGAAACAGAAGCUGUUCCACCAGUACAGGGAACUUGAGAAAUACUUCGAAUCAGUGGGUGAGAUAGAAAUUGAACCGACGUUGCGCCCUGAAGCAUUGGAGCAGUCCUGGGCGAGGCUCUUGAUGGCGGCCCAAGAACGGGAGCGCGACCUAUCAGAUGAAAUACGACGCCUCGAGCGAUUACAACGCUUGGCAGAAAAACUACACAGGGACAUCAAACAGACGGAAGGCGGUCUGGACAACGUGGAGCGCCACAUAGAGAGUGAGAUACGACGAGUGGAGAGAGGAGUACACCCGGCUGAAGCGAAACAGGCCGCGGAACAGAUAGAACAAGAACUGAGGACUAUGGAGCAAGACAUACAGGAGAUGUUCGUGGACUCACAGGCCUUGAGGGAGGGACGGUAUCCGCAAGCUAACGAUCUACACAGACGUGUCCAACAGUUACAUGAGAGGUGGGUGAACGCCCGUCAAUCCUUCACGGGUCGUCUAGUCCCCCGUCUGUCGUCUGUUCGUAUGCCGGUCCAGCAGACCACUGUCCGCCGUGAAACACGCACGGUCCUAGAAACCAGGGUCCAUGACGCCGAUCCCAAGUUCCAGCAGUUAAACGACGCCACUAGGUGGUGCAAGGAAAAAUUGAAAAAAUUACACGAAUCCGACUACGGUUCAGACCUGCCGUCUGUGCAACACGAACUUGAUAAACAUCAACGAGAACACAAACAGAUAGAUCAGUUCCACUCCAAGGUCGAGCAGUAUGUGUACAACAGGAACAACUUCUCUGGCGAAGAGUUGAACUUGUACAACCAACAUCUAAACCAACUACAAAAACUAUACGCUGAGCUGCUCUCAACUAGCACUAAACGUUUGUCCGAGUUGGACGCGCUCCAAGAGUUCCUCCAAUCAGCGACCGCGGAACUGAACUGGCUGUCAGAGAAGGAACAGGUGGAACUGGCCAGGGACUGGGCCGACCCUCACAUCAACCUACCAGCUGUACAGCAUUACUACGAGCAACUGAUGUCGUCUUUGGAAAAGAGGGAGCUACAGUUUAGUAACGUGAUUGACCGCGGGGAGGCGCUUAUAGCACAACAUCACCCUGCCACGAAAACAAUCGAAUCACAUUUACAGGUGAUGCAAUCUCAAUGGGCGUGGGUGUUGCAAUUAACUCUCUGUCUGGAAACACAUUUAAAACAUACGACCCACUACCACGGCUUCUUCGAGCAAAUCAAGGAAGCGGAGAAAUGGAUACAGAAACGAGAAGAAGCUCUAAAUACGACAUUCUCCCAGUCGGAGUUCACGUUAGACCAGGGCGAGCGUCUGUUGAAGGGUAUGCAGGAUGUGAGAGAGGAACUGAAUAGUCAAGGAGCUGUAGUCUCCCGUCUGGUAGAAGAGGCGCAAGAGGUGCGUCCUCUCAAACAGAGGAGGGCGCCCGUCACACGACCGAUCAGGGCUGAGACCGUGUGUGCAUACAAACACGCUAACGUGGCGAUAGAGAAGGGGUCAGCGGUGACAGUAGUAGACAACUCGGGUCGUAGUCGUUGGCGUGUUCGUCUCGGAGGAGCUGGCACUGAGGUGACGCUGCCCGGAGCCGUGCUGGCGCUACCCCCGCCCUGUCAGGAGGCAUUGGACGCCGCCGCCGGACUGAGGAGCGCUUACGACCGGGUCAUCCAGCUAUGGCAGAGGAAGCAGCUGAGGAUGAGGCAGAACAUGAUCUUCGCUACCAUCAAGGUCGUCAAGGGUUGGGACUUCCCGCAGUUCGUGGCAAUGGGUGCUGAACAGCGUCAAGCCAUUCGACGAGCUCUGAAUGAAGACGCCGAGAAGUUACUGGCAGAAGGAGAUAGAGCCGACCCUCAGCUGAGGAGGUUACGGAGAGAGAUUGAUGACGUCAACAGACUGUUUGACGAGUUCGAGAGGAGAGCCAGGGCUGAAGAGGAUUCAAAGAAUGCAGCUCGAAUCUUCACCGAGCAGUCUUCGCAGCUGUUGGAGCGGUUGGAAACGCUGGAGCGUACAUUACACGAGCGUAUAGCAGCACCCGUACCGAGAGACUUGGAUGCGUUGGAACACCUCGUGCUGCAACAUAGAGACUGGGAGACAUCAUUGAGAGCGCUAGAUGGAGACGUGGAUACCGUUCAAAGCACCUUCAGAGGUAUAGCUCUCAAGACUCCAGCCAUGAAAAAGAAUCUCGACAAAGUCAUGGGCAAAUGGAACGAACUACAAUCCAAGAGCCAGCUGUUCGUGGAAAGACUUAAGUUCGUCGAGAUAGUCGUGAACAGCAUGGAAGAGAACAAUCAGACGAUAUCAGAAUUCGAAAUAAAACUGGCGCAGUUCAGCGACCUGCCCAACGAUGUUGAACUGCUUAAAGACAUUCACGAAGACCUGCUGCGUAUGCAGGUAGCUGUCUCUAAGCAACAGGUGCAAGUGGAUCAGAUGAAUGAUGACGCUGAGAACUGUCGCCGACUGGUGGAGACCUCCAGGGCCGGGCUGGGACACUCGCUACCAAGAGCUGGAAGACACGCAGACCUGGAGCGAUUGGACAAAGAGGUCACCCAGCUGAACCAGAGGUGGAGCAGCGUGUGUACACAAUUAGCUGAACGUCUACGUAGCUGCGAGGCGGCAUACCAACUUCUACGUACAUACAACGCUGGUCUGGUGAAGGAGACGGACUGGGUCGACCACGCGACCGCUCAGAUGCAGGCCACGCCUGUGAAUGAGGCGCGCGCCAGGGAACACCUGGAGCCGACCAGGAAUCUUUUCACGAGUGUGGUGGAAAGGACGCCGAAGAUCGAAAAGGUUAACGUAGACGGAGGAAGGUUCAUACGAGAGGCGAAGAUCAACUCGUCGAGAUGCCAGCGUUAUGUGGACUGGCUAUGCGAGGAGGUUCAUCCUUCGUUGGACGCGAGGCAGCUCAAGCGGCAGGCGGACAUGGAACUCGCUGAACGCCUCAGAAGCCGCGGCGCAGACGUACCACCAGCGGAGAUGAUCCCUAGCGGCGCUGAGACCGUGGCUAGAGAACUAGACGAACUGAACGCAAAGCACCAACGACUAUUGGACUCCUUGUAUGAGAGGCUGAGACGUAUCGCGGCCGCCAACCCUGGAGAUAUUGUUACAUUGCGCCUCGUGGAGGCCAUGGCGCCGCGUUCAGCUCGCACCUUCCGCCAAGAGUUCAACAUGCAGGACUUGGCGACGACCGAACAUACAUACACCACGCACUACACAACAGAGAAAUACGUAAGGACCUCGCAUUCAUCGGAAAUUGACGGAACACCGAUAAAAUCGAUGACUAACGGUAAACUGAACUCACCGAAGUACAGUACCAAAACUAUCAUUGAUGAUAGACCAGAUAUAAGAAAUCUUAAACGAGUCCACAAAAUGUAUGAAGGUCCUAACAUCAUAGAAUCCAGAGGUAUCAUUCAUCCAGAGACGAAGGAAGUGCUGACUGUAGGUCAAGCGAUUAGUAUGAGGAUACUGGAUGUAAGAACUGGAAGGCUCUUGUCAUCAUCGACGACGAAGCAAACCAUGACAAUAGAGCAGGCGGCCAAAGAGGGCUUGAUAGAUCCCAAACUGGCUGCAAGACUCACCGGCCCUUGUGGCAUGACGGAAGACGGAAACGAAGUUACACUACUUGAAGCUAUACAGAGAGAGCUGUAUGACGCCGAGCAGGGAUUGGCGGACCCAGCGGAAAAGAGAAUCAAGGUGACUGUCGAGGGUCAAACACCCGACCAAGGAAUGAGUAUUUCUGACGCGCUAAAUCGCGGUCAAGUUGAUUUGCAAAAAGGUCUAUACAGGUUGCCCAAUGGUAGCUUCAUAACUAUUGCGGAGGCAUAUCAAAGGGGAUUUUUGAUAUAUACAGAGAUUAUUAAAAUAAAAUCAAGCGCUUUGUCUUUGUCGGACGCGAUAAGUCAAGAAUUAAUAGAUAACAGCGGUUGGAUAUUGGACAGGAAUUCGGGUGAUAGGUUCCAAUUAGAGGUAGCCAUUAAAAAUGAAUUAAUUAAUCCUAAUGUCAGGGAAAUUGUGGACCCUAAAAACGAUACAAAAAUAACGCUUGCUGAAGCUAUAGAGAAAAAUAUAAUUAAUACUAAACAUUCUAAAUAUGUGCAUCCUAUUACAAAAGAAAAGUUUUCAUUUAAAGAUGCUGCUAGCAAACGUUAUAUCAGUAAGCCAAUGACUCUGAAAGAUGUAUGUGACCAUAGUUUAAUGACAAAUGAUGGUAAAAUUUUAACUCCUAUAAACAAAGCUCCAUUGAAUAUUUUAGAAGCAAUAUCUGUAGGGAUACUCGACAGUGAUAACAUUAAAUGCGUUACUGACACUACUACAGGUCAAUUGAUCACGCUAUCUGAAGCUCUAGGCAGUCGUAUAAUUCUUACCGAUAAUAAAUUCCGUGACAAUCUAACAGGGGAAAUAUGUACUAUUCCAGAAGCGGUAGACCGAGGUCUUAUUACGUCCGUAUCUCAAAGGUCUAUAUUUGAUAUCGACGGGUUUAGAGAUCCCAAAACCGGUGAAUUCGUUUCCUUUAAUAUAGCACUCGGUCGAGGUAAUCUUAAAUACGUUAAUGGGGAGACUUUCUUGAAAUCUGAAAGUGGCGAUUUCGUCUUUUUAGAAGAUUGCCCGAAAGUUUCGAUUGUCCGUCCCGAAGUUUUAGAAAUGUUUAUGCGUAAAAUCGGUGUUGUUGAAAAGGGAAAAGAAUUAAAUGUUUUAGAUGCCGUUUUUAAGAAUGUUCUCGAUCCUAAAUCCGGGUACUUACUAGAUUCAGCCACUAAAAAACCCAUACCUUUCAAUAAAGCUGUAGAAAUCGGUAUGAUAACUCCAGAAGGCGCGGCACUUCUCAAUUCUCUUCUUAACAUCACAUUGACCUUACAAACUGUAACAAAAACUGUUAAAAGAUACGUAACGGUAACUAAUACAAAUACAACUCAUCGAUCAGAGACAAUUAUUACUUUUGCUGAAGCCAUUCGUCGUGGCCUGAUAGAUGAAACAACCCAAACAUUUACGGAUCCUACAACGGGUACAGUUUUUCCAAUACAACAGGCGUUAGACGAAGGAUUGUUAGGUAUCGAUCCAAACGAAAGUAGAGUUGCUCGUAUUUCGGAUCGCGUUAGCAAAAAAGAUUUAGUUCCCGGGCAAGUCGUAGAAUUAAAAAUAACGAAAAAAUCAUUCAUCAAAGAUUUGCCGCCUAGCCCUGAAAGUAAAUUACAAUUUGAAAAUAGGCCUGAGACUGUAAAAAGUCCUGAUGUAGUUAAAACCAACGAAGAAAUAACUCGUCAAAUAAAAACGGUGACAACAAAAUCCGUAACUGAUCCUUUAGUUACAGCUAUGACUAUAAAGAAAAAUACAAUCGAACUACCACAGGGUGGGUGGACGUUGAAAGAAGCUAUUCAACAGAAUUUAUUCGACCCAACCACCGGUAUGUUUACUAUUCCCGGCACUGAUAGAAUUCUGGAUCUUCAAGAAGCGGUGAGCCUUAAAAUUAUUAAUCCAAAUUCAGCGCAUGUAAUUGAUUCUAAAACGAAAAAAGAAAUACCUUUAAAUAAAGCCUUAGAGUUUCGUGUAUUAGACAAUACGGGUCAUUACAAACACAAUGAUAUAUUUUUAAGUAUGAAAGAAGCUAUAGAGCGCAACAUUGUUAUCUUUAUCACACUUUCUGAAAGCACAGCGUCACAAAAAGUCAUAACAAUAACUUCAAUAUCAGGCAUGCCCGAUAAAAUGGAAAUUACUGAUGUUGAAAAAGCACAUUCACCUGUUUUGACUUCUGAUGAUCAGUCAGUAUUAGAACCUGUACAAGUAGUUCCUGGCAUUAUAUAUGAUCCUGCCACAGCUUUGGUGAUUUCAACCACAUCAGGAAUUUCCCAAAAUAUUAUCGAGGCUGUUGACGUUGGAGCUAUUCCUAGUGACAGAGUUAACGUUGUAGAUCCAAUUACUGGACAACAAAUUAAUUUAAAAAUUGCAUUGGAAAGGGGUAUUGUAGAUAAACAAACUGGUAAUUACAAAGAAUCUUCCGGGAAAAGAAUAAGUCUCGCUGAUGCAGCAAAGGUAGGUCUGAUAGCUGUUGUAGGGUCUCCUUUAGUAGCUGCGUCCAAAAUAAUCCAAGUAAUUAAAAACACAAUGGUCAUUGACCCCACUACAGGAGAAGAGUUACCAAUGGAAGUAGCAUACGAAAGAGGUUUAGUUGACGAAAUAACUUAUAAAAAUUAUGAAGAUUCUAUUAGAUCAAAAACUCCAGAAUCAGAAAACCAUAAACCUACUAGUACUAUAACGGCUUCCAAAACACAACGUUCUACGAUGAUCGUAGAUCCAACAAAUGGAGAUAAAAUCACGAUAGAAGAAGCAAAAAGUAGAGGUCUUAUAGAUUCGGAACAAAAUGUUGUUACUCGCACAGUUAUAGAUCAAGGCAAACCUGGUCCAAGUAAAAUAACUUCAACGAAAAUACCUUCUAAGACGUCUUCGAUAGAAGCAGCUGUUUCCGAAGGGUUCAUCACCGUGGAAUCCAUACAAAAUAGUCUAUCCGCAGACAAUAAGAAAACAAUGGACACUGUUUUUCUUCAAAAAGCAAGUAGUCCUGUUAAUACUGUUGUACUUAAUGAAAGUCAAAUACCCGACAAGCCCAAAUAUAAUAUUAAUAAAUUACAAAUAGAAAAGAAAACACCUUCAAGUGAAAGUAAACCUCUCAUUUUACAAAAGCUUCGAAAACAGGUUGUUAUGCCAUCAGAAGGAGUAAGUAUGGGUUUACUAGAUAGAGAUACCGCCGAUCUUUUAAAUAAAAUCACAUCUUACAAAGAUGAAAAUGGUGAUCAGUUGACUCUAGGAAAGGCUAUAGAAAUUGGCCUUAUCGAUGAAAACAAAGGCAAAAUAAUGGAUCCACAACAUGGAGAUUUUGUUUCAAUUAAAGAAGCUAUUGUAAGAGGUAUACUUGAUAGUGAAGGGUUGAAUGAAAUUCUUAUUCCUAUAGCAAAAAAAUUGUCCAUUCCAGAGGUACUGGAACAAGGUUUGUUAGAUGUUAACACUGGAAAAAUUAUACAUCCUGAAACUGGUUCACUCUUGACGCUCAGGGAGGCUAUAAUUUGCGACAUAGUAGACCCUAUGUCAGUCAUCAACAUUGCACCGGGUAAAAGCGUACAACUUGCUGAAGCUAUUUCUAAUAACAUCAUAGAUAGUGAGAAAAAUAUUAUUAAAACGGACAAACAACCUCUUGACUUACUGUCUGCGGUUAAUGCAAACAUAUUUAAUGACAAUCUAGACGAAUGUAAAAAUAUUCCUCCUGCUGGAAUGACGUUAUCCGUGGCUAUUAAAAAUAAUGUAAUCGAUCCUAAAACUGGGAAAGUGAAACAUCCUCUAACAGGGGAAAAAAUCAAUAUAGAUGAAGCCAUUAAGAGAGGUUUUCUCAUGGACAUACCUUAUCCACAGUCUUCUUCCACAAUGACAUUAGAAGAGGCCAUCAAAAAUAAGGUAGUCGAUCUGAAGGACGGUACUUUUACUGACAUAAAAACUAAAGAAAAAAUGCCUGUUGAAAAAGCUAUGGAACAGGGAUUGUUGGCACUUAAAAUAGACUCUUCUCGUAGCAAUACAGAAGGUAUAGUUACAACAGUCACGGAAACGUUCACAUCGCAACACACUAUAACUACCAAAAUGGUGGAACUUUUAGCUGACUAUGUUUUAAUUAACGCUAAUGAGGUUCAAAAUACGAUAACAGGAGAAAUUAUGACUAUUGAUGCAGCGCGGUCGAAAGGUAUAAUCAGAGAUGAACAAACAAGUAAAGAAGAAUUUUUAACUAGUGACACGAGCAUGACUUUCGAAGAUGCUCUCAAUCUUGGAUAUAUCAAUAUAGAUAAAGGUACAUUUACAAACCCUACUACCGGGGAGGUAAUUUCUAUCACAGAAGCCAUUAAUAGUGGUGUAUUGAAUACAGAAAGUCCAUCUAAACAAUCUGAAAAAACACAACCCAAGGACAAUAAGGUUGAGUUGCUGGAUUUGAAAGAAGCAUUCGAGUUAUUAUUUGAUGAAAAGACUCAGAAAUUUUAUGAUCCGAAAUCCCCUGACAGCAAAAUAACUUUCAAAGAGGCUUUGGAAAAGAAGAUCAUAGAUCCCGAAUCUGUAAUAUAUGAUAUAACAGCCGGUAAACCUGUUACAUUACAAGAAGCCUUAAAUACAGGCUUAUUGGAUAAGAAGUCCGGAAAAUUCAGAGAACCUGAAACAGGUAAAUCUGUUGAUAUUAAAAAUGCAGCUAAGAUGGGUCUAGUUGCUGUAAUAGCAGGUCCAGUUUUAGCCGGUAUGGCUGUAGCUGAGGGUGUCAAAAGUAUCAAGUCUAAAAUAACACAACUACAACAAAACGAUAAACAGGAGUCUGCUCUAAGAAAAGAUAAAGAUGAUCCCAAUCUUAAAUUUAUAGAAGUAGAACGAAAAAAUAAUAGUUCAGUGGAACAUCAAGUACCGCAAUCGAAAGGAAUGGUCGAAAAACCAUCAGAUGUUACUAAAUCAGUCAUUGACUGUAAAGAACCAAGUGUGUCACAGAAAGAAGUUAUCAAGAAGCCUUUUAAUGAAAAACGAUCAGACAAAGAUAUAAGUGAGAGUAAGAAAACUGAACUACAAAAGAGUGAUGUUAUAAAACGUGACUCUGAUGUGUCAACUGAAACUCAAAAAGAAGAACCCUUGAAAGAGCAUGAAUAUGAAAAUGUUACUCCAACAACUUCGGAGUUAACUGCUCACUAUAAAGAAAAGGAAGAGAAACAAUUAAAAGUAAAGAAGAAUGAAGAGAAAAGCGCCGAAGACCCAACUCAAACUGCAUUACAAAAAGACAGCAUCAAAGAGGAAAUCAUAGGAAACAAACCGAACAUGAUAAAAACACGAGAAAAUUUAACGUCUGAAAAAUCUGUUACAGUUACAAAUGUUAAAGACAGGAAUACAAAACAGGACCAAGAAAAUAUACAAGAAUUCCAUCAAAUCACUCCAGAUGGUCAGCAAGUGACUACUAUAGUUAAAACGACUAUUUCUAAAUCAGACCCAACUGUGUCUACAUCUGAGGAGACAACGUUUGUAUCUGAAAAGGUUUCUAAAAUUACGACAAUUGAAGUAACACAAAGUUCAUCAACAACAACACACAGUACAACAGACAUUACAACACACAGUACACCAGACAUGAAUGAUCAGCUAAAUCAAAAGAAAAAUAAAAUUGACAUUCAUCAAGAUCAAGUUGAUAAAGUUAUAAAAGACAAUCAACCAGAAACCCAACUAUUUGCUACAGACAUAACCUCAAGCGUAUCUCCAAAAUCAAAUGAAAGUACAGAAAAAUCUAUAAAAGAAGGAAAAUCUAAAAGCGACGCUGCUCCUGCAACUUCAAGUCCUUCUAUUUCUAAUGCUGAUAUAGUAGGUGAUGUUGAGCAAUAUAAAGAUAUUUUGUCUGCCAUCAACGAAGGAGCCAUCGCACAAGACGCAAUAUUAGUUACAGAUUACAAAUCGGGUCGACAAAUAACUAUGAAAGAAGCUGUAGAUAAAGGUAUUAUAAAUGUUAAUACAUUAGAAAUUGAGAAUAAAGAUGGCAAGAAAAUAAGCUUUGCGGAUGCUGCUAAGUUCGGACUAGUAGCAAUUGUAGGUGCUCCAAUUUUGGCAGCAUCAAAAGCUGUAGAAGGUGUGAAAAAAGCAUUUACAGCUGAUAAUAAUGCCACGGAUAAGACAAAUUCAGAUAAGUCAUCUAAACCAACCACAACAUCAAAUUCAUCUUCACGUCAGCCUGAAGAUUUGGCUAUAAUUGAAACAACCCAGCGCCAACCAAUUAUAUCAGAUAUUCAUCAAGAAAAUAAACAACCCAUUGUGAAUGCAGAUGAUAAAACAAUGUCAAAACUUUUGAUUGAUGCAGAAAAACAGCCGUUGCGGGCUAUUGAUGAAAUAACAGAACAAAAUACGCUGAAGGCUAGAAGUGAGCCAGAGAAGGUACUUUAUGAAAAUAUUCCUCUGAUUGACGCCAUCGCGGAAGGCAAAAUAGAACCUAAAGUUUGUCGAAUCAUAAUGAACGGAGAAGAAUUGGCUUUGACGGUACAAGACUCUUUAGAACAAGAACAGAUUAGUAGGUUUACACCAGUAGAUGUGAUUAGUAAAAAUUGUGUUAUUGUCAGGGAAACACAGCCAAAAUAUAGUCUUUCAGUUUCUCAAAAACUUAGCCCUGAGGAGCUCUCAGAAAUGGGAGUGUAUGAUAUAGAAAAACAAAUAUUUUUGAAUCCAAGGACAGGCGCUAAAAUUUCAUUCGAAGAACUAGUUUAUAGCUUGAACGUAUUUGAUCCGUCAUCGAUAUUAGUCAAAGAUUUAAGUAGUGCUUCAGAUAAUUACGUUCCAUUUGACGAAGCUAUUUCCAGGCCUAUUAUUGAUAAGGUAACUGGACACAUGGUCAAUCCUAAAACCGGAAAACGAGUAUCAUUUUUGGAGUGUGUUCAAAUAGGAUGGGUAGUUGAAAAACCAGAGGACACAUUUAUAACAAAGCAAACUACGGUAGAGUCAGCAUUAGAAAAAGGGUUAUACAAUCCUAAAACUAAACAAUUAAAAGAUGUUAAUACCGGUGAUCUUGUUCCUAUAAGCGAAGCUAUUCAAAAGGGUAUAAUUGAUAAUGAAUCUUUACUCAUAAAAUUACCGCAUUCAAACGAAAUUAUUUCAUUAUCGGAUGCUAUUGAACAGGGUAUUUUAGAAAUGCGCAAUGGUACUAUUACAAUUAUUGAAACACAAGAAACCAUUGAAAUAUCUAUUGCUAUUCAACAGGGUAUUAUUACGAUUACGCGACGGCCUAUUUCAAUUGAAGCUGUUAUUAAUAAAAAUAUGUAUGAACCGACUUCCGGGAAAAUAAAAGAUAAUAUUACUGAACAACUGGUAGCGUUAAAUGAUGCUGUUGAAAGAAACAUCCUACAUCCUACAAUUUCAGAAAUUAAAGAUACUGCUCUAGAAAAGUAUGUUCCGCUUUCAGAGGCACUUGACACGAAAUUAAUUAAUCCGGAAACAGGAAAAAUAAUAGAUAAAAAGACUGGUAAGCACAUUCCAUUAGACGACGCUUUAAAGAGAGGGUUCAUAGCAACAAAAUCAAUCACAUUUUCGUUGAUAGAUGUUAUUGAGCUAGGUUAUUAUUCGCCAGAAUCAUGUAGAAUAUUAAAUCCCGCGAGUGGUGAAAUUACUACUUUAGCAAAGGCUAUAGAGAAUAAGCUCGUAGAUCCGAUUGACGUAAAAAUAAAAAAUGAUAAUACAGAAACUGUCGUUACUUUUGAUGAAGCGAUCAAAUCAGGCCUUUUGGAUUUAGAACAAGGAGUUAUAACAUCCCCUCGAUUUAAUCUUAAAGAUGCUCUUGAUAAAGGCUACUUGCUAAGUGAUAAAAAGCCUUGGUCAUUACAGGAAGGGUUAGUUCAAGGAGUUUACGAUCCCGAAACCGGUCUUUUAACUAUUAAUGGUAAAAAUAUGACACUAGACGAUGCUAUUAAAAAGGGUAAUAUAAACAAUGAAGUUUUAACGGUAAAAAAUUCGGUAACCGGAGAGAUGAUCAGCUUGGCUGCCGCUAUAGAAUCGGGAAUAAUAGAUUCAAAGGAAGGUGUAGUAAGGGAUCCUGUCCAUGGUGAUAAGAUUUCGCUUACAGACGCUUCUGAACGUGGAUUAAUUUUGCCAGCCAAACGUAAGCUCAGCUUACCUGAAGCUGUUUUUAAAGGUUUUUAUGAUCCCAACACAGGUAAAUUUUCUAAUCCUCAGACGAAAGAUAAAAUGCCUACGGAAAGAGCAAUUAGAAAACGACUAUUAGAUCCGCAAUCAACUCUAGUUCACGUCGGUGGUAAGGUUAUUCCUUUUGAAUUCGCUGUUGAUAAGGGAAUCGUUGAUGGUAGGACAGGCACUAUUUUGAUAGGAAACGAAAGGAUUGAUUUCCGUGAAGCGUUUGAAAGAGGAAUAUUAGUUGAAGUUCGGAGGCCACUAUCUCUGAUGGAGGCCAUCGAAAAAGGCGUUUAUAACGAAAUUACAGGUCUAUUUAUGGAUCCACAAAGUGGAAAGAAAUAUAGUCUCGCUGAAGCUGUUAAACUUAAUCUCAUCGAUCCAAAUUCAGUUCAUAUCCAAGACAACAGGUCAGGUAAAUGGAGUAAAAUUUCUCUAUCUGAAUGUAUUGAUACAGGCAUGCUUAAUGACAAAACAGGUAAAAUUAAAAAUAUAAAUAAUGAAAACGAAGAAAUUAGUUUAGCUAAAGCUCUUGAAAUUGGUUUAUUAAUUGACAGUAAGGCACCGAUAAGUCUACAAAGAGCGUUACAUCAAGGUUUAUAUGACGAUACUACAGGCAAAAUAAUUGACCCUGUCACGUCACGCAAGAUAACUCUACACGAAGCGAUAAGACGGUCAAUAAUAAGUCCCAAAUAUCUCUGUUAUUUCUAUAAAAAAUCUGAAAAACCGCUAACAUUAGCCCAGUGUUGUCAAAUUAAAGUCAUUGACAAAACAAAUGGUAAAUUUAUCGAGCCAGGUUCAGAUACCCAAGUGUCGUUGUCAGAAGCGUUAAGUUUAGGCCUUAUUGUAGACAUUGAAAGUGCCGGUUUCUCUUUAUAUGAUGCCUUAGCCAUGAACAUGUAUGAUAUAACAGAACUAACGUUUAUACACCCUGUUACUGAAAGAAAACUUUCGCUAAAGAGUUCUAUUUCUGAAGAGUUAAUUAACCCGGAAACUUCCUUAGUAAAACAUAUUCCGUCUAGCAAAUAUAUGAGGCUCGUAGAAGCCAUAGAAGCAGGAGUAAUAGACGAAAAUAACAGCGUUUACAUACUUCCUAAUGGAAAUACUAUAAAUUUAGUUGACGCUAAACAUCGCGGUCUUAUCGUAACAUCAAUGAAAAAUCUCAGUUUAGAAGAAAUCAUAAAGAAUGGUUUGUUUAGGGCAGACAAUGGUAAAAUUGUAGAUCCUAGCAGAAAUGAAUUUGUCGCCAUUGAUAAAGCUAUAGAAAGUAAUCUUAUUGAUCCUAAUCUUACUUUUGUUAAAGAUGGACCUUCGGGUAAGUUUAAACCGUUGAUUCACGCGAUUCGAGACGGCGACGUGGAUGUAAUCAAGGGUAGGGUUUUAGAUACAAAAGCAAAGAAAACGUAUAGCAUAGAUAAAGCAUUUGAUAAAGGUUUACUGGUCACCGUUAUUCCUCCCCUGACCUCUCAGCGUGUAACUAAACAGUAUGUACCGGAUUCUUCUGAAUCCAAAGAACCCGUUCUUCGUGAAUUCACUUUAGACGAAGCUAUUAAGUACGAGUUUAUUGAUCCCAAUACAUGUUUAAUAAAAGAUCCUCAUAAAAAUAAAUACAUUCCCUUAAAUUUGGCUAUUACUGAGGGUAUUAUAGAUAAAAACGCAAAGGGUAUGUUCGAUACACAAAAUAGAUCACGGAUGCGUUGUUUCAUUUUUGAAAAUUGUUUAAUUGUUUACACCCGUGAACCUCUAACGUUUGAGCAAGCGAUAGAAAACGGUUACCUCAAUAUUAAUACUGCUCGUUUCACCGAUCCACAAUCCAACGAAGUAUUUACCAUAAAAGACGCGGCCACUUUGGGCUACAUUGAUUCAGACACAGCGCUUAUAAAAGAUAACUUAAAGAAACGACUAGUAAAGCUCCCCGAAGCUUUCCGCAAAGGUUUAAUGGACGCCGAAAAGGGUAAUAUUCUUGAUACAGAGACCUCUAAACUGAACUCUUUAAGCGCAGCAAUAGAAAGUGGACUCCUUAUGACACCUAAAAAGAGUUUCACGCUUAUUGAGACCUUAAAUUUCGGUAUUUAUAAUCCUACGACGGGAGCCUUAAACGAUCCCUUCAUAACAACAAGCGUUAUCGAUAGAAAAAGACUGACAUUAGGUGAAGCUAUUCGACAAGGUAUCGUAGAUCCGUCAAGUACAGUUGUGAAGGAACCAGAAACAGGAAAGAUAUGCCCAUUGGUACAAGCAAUCGAACAACAACUUGUGAAUCCAAUCGAAGGAAGAAUAGUCAUUGACCCUAAGAAGGGAAUAAGUCUAGAUUUAGUCAAAGCUCUGAAAAAGGGAUACUUACUGCCAGCAGAAACGAGGCAAGCAGUUGAAGAGAAAUACAGGCUUUGUGACGAGAGUUUGUCGAAGUUGUUAGAAUGGAUAGCGGUUGUUGAAGAACGCUUAGCCAAUCAAGAGGCCGUCAGAGAGGAUAUGGAUGAACUACGUAAUCAGAUCAACGUACUUAAGCUCAUCAAAGACGAUCUGGAGACUCAUCAGCGCCAAGUGUCGGCGUGUGCUGAUCAAGCCAAGCAGCUGCUCGUGUCAGGAGGAGAUGUACUGGCACCGCACGAGGUGGCUGCUCUCGAGCGUGGCGUGAGACAGUUGAAGCAGAGAUGCGACAAGUGUUCGGAGAGAUGUGACAAGAUGCUGCGGAGAAUGGUCGCCGCUAGAGAUGAACUCGGCAAAUUUACGAACGAACUGAACACAUUCAACUCGUGGAUGGAAAGUGCAUACCGCACGCUUGAAGACAAGGAAGUCGCGUUGUCGAAGGUCGAGAAUUUGACCGGGCAGAGUGAUGACGUCAGAGAGUUCGUGUCUGACGUCAUCGCUCACCAGGCCGACCUAAGGUUCAUCACGAUGGCUGCACAGAAGUUCGUGGAUGAGAGCAAGGAAUUCCUCUCUCUACUGAACGACUACCGCACUUCCCUGCCGGCUCGUCUAUCGCAUGUGGCGCCACCUGUCGACUCUAUAGUACGUGAACACGCCGCCCUCGCUAGGAGGAGGCACUCGGAUUUGGCUAACAGAGCGCAGAGACUAUUGGAUAGAUUGAGAACAGCUAGCGACGGCUCAGCGAGGUAUAGAGAGGCGCUACAACGAGCACAGAGAUGGAUACAGACGGUUGAACCCCAAGUACAGUCGUGUGUGUCGGAGACAGCUGGUGGUGACCCUCGUGCGUUGGACACACAGCUGACCCGCGUGAAGGCGCUUCAUUCAGAACUGAGGGCGCAAGGAAGACUGGUUGAUCACGCGCAUGAUGCCUGUGAGCAAUUAGUCAAAUCUUUAGAAGGAAACUUAACACCGGCUGAGAUCAGACAGUUAGAAGUUCCUGUGGUCGAACUGAAUGAUAGGUACAAUGAAUUGGACAACGCUCUAGGAGCUAAAUGCUCGGAGCUAGAAGCCGCGCUACUACAGUGCCAGGGACUACAAGAUGCCGCUGAGACACAGGCUCAAUGGCUCAGUACUGUAGAAAGUUCAUUCAAAAACCAAUCUAAACCAGCAUCCCUGAUUCGCGAGCGUUUGGACGAGCAAGUUCGCGAGCAGCGCUCGUCGCACGCCGAGCUGGAGGCUCGUAGACCCACGCUUAACAAACUGUUGGCGACAGCUAGAGAUGCUGCCACCACGCCGUCAAACGCUCGAAUAGCUAAGAAGCUGGAACAACGGGCUGAGGAUAUUUGUGCCAGAUACGACAAGUUAUUAGAGCGAUCAGCAAAACGAGGAGUUCAUCUAGAGGAAGUGUCUGCUGAGCUGAGUCGAUUCACACAAGCAGCGACUACCCUGGAGACAGCUCGCACACAACUGGGAGAUGACUUGAGAGACGGGAAAAUAACAGACAUACUCGCUAACAGAGACAAACAAAUGCCGCUACUAGAAGAAUGCCUUCGUAACGGAAAACAACUCAUCUCGAAGCCAGAUGUAACGGACACUCAUGUAGUAUGGGACAGAAUGAAGGCAUUGGAAAAUCAAUGGCGUGAUUUCAACGUCAUGUUGGAGGAAAAACAGAAGCUUUCGAAACAAAAAGCAGACCAGCUGAAUCAAUACGAAUCACUGAGAAUGCAGGUGUUGGAGUGGUUGCAAACUAUGGAGCAUCGCGUAAAUCAUUUACGUCCCGUCGCUGUCGACUUGGAGGUCAUCAAACAACAGCAGGAUGAGUUGAGACCACUGGCUAAAGAAUACAGAGAUUUCUCAGUUAAUAUUGAUAAGGUGAACGAGUCAGGAGCGAUGUACGAGGCUCUGUCUAGAGGAGAGAGAGCUGAUAGUCCGCACCGCAAGAGGUCGCUGUACAGUCCCACGAAACGACAUACACCUAGUCGUUCUGACGGUCGCUCCCCGUCCCCUGUCAAGUCCCGCACGCUCGUGUCCCCAGCCUCCGCUUCAUCAGGCUUCUCAUCGCGCCGCUCCAGCCAGGACGGGUUCCAUCUUGACGAGUUAUCUCCCGUACAGCAGCAGGUUUCAGAGAUCAACAACCGUUACGAACUGCUCGGCACCAAGCUGGCCGACCGACAGACGGAGCUAGACGCUGUCAGGGAAGAAGUCAGGAAACAUUAUGAUAGUCUGAGACAACUUAAUAACUUCCUUGAUAAGGUUCAAAGACAACUUCCCAAAGAGUCUAUCCCCAACACUAAGGAGGAGGCUGAUAAGACCAUCAAGCAGGCUCGGGCGGCGUUGGAGGAGAUGUAUGAGAAACAAAGUAUACUGGACUCAACGAAGACACAGGUCCGAGAGCUGAUCCGUCGUAAGCAAAGCGUAGAAGGCGCUGAUAGACUCAACGAUGAGGCGGAGGAAACAGCUGCCAGGUGGAAGGCACUACAUGACGCCUUCAAAGACAAGAUUCAUGUUAUGGAAGAGAUGAAGGACUUCCACGACACACACAGCAGCCUCACACAGUGGCUCGGCUCCAAGGAGAGGAUGAUGGCAGCCCUGGGGCCUAUAUCAUCAGACUCCAGGGUUGUACACACACAGGUUCAACAGGUGCAAGUUCUUCGCGAAGAGUUCCGAAGCCAGCAGCCUCAACUAUCACACCUGGAGCAAGUUGCAGCCAGUGUGCUGCAACGACUGGACCCUCACCAACAUGACGCACAGAAGCUUGAGGCUAAGUUAAGACAAUUACAGGAGAGGUGGAAUGAUCUGCUCAGCCAACUGGAACACCGUGCGGAUAGUCUUGGCGCGGCUGCUGAUACAUCUCGUGAGUUAGACGCUGGUCUGGCGCGGCUCAAGAACGCUCUACACGCUAUAGGAGACAAGUUGGAUGACGUCACUGAACAUGAUCCAAAUGACCAGCUCAGGGAGGUUGAGAAUCUUGAACGGCAAUUAGAAGGACAGCGCCCUCUAUUAGCUGACCUGGAAGCAGCUGGUGCAGCUCUCGCAGAUGUUCUGGCUGAUCCGGGAUCGAGGCAGGACAUACAAGGAAAACUGGCCGCCGUGGCGCGACAAUACGACAACCUGCAGAGGAAACUCGAUAAUAAGAAGGCGGAGAUUGAAGCGGCGCUGAAGGACGGUCGUAACCUGGAAGCGUCAGUGUCUCGAACCCUGGGCUGGCUCCAGUCGUCGCUGGGCGGUCUGCCGAGCAGGUUGUUGGUGUCAGCUGACCGACCCACGCUACAACACCAGCUGGACCAACACGAACCGCUAUACAGAGACCUCACGCAGAGAGAACAUGAGAUCAUUAUGCUCAUUGACAAAGGUCGUGAGAUGGAAAAGAAGCCGGCUCAUCAGAACCUGAGGAAGGAUCUGGACCGAAUACAGACUCAGUGGGACAAACUGAAGAGAGAGAUCAUUGACAGGCAGACUAGACUACAGACGGCUAUGGAACACUGCCGUAAAUACAGCAAGGCUCAGGAGUCGUUUGUUCCCUGGCUUGUUGAGGUUGAAGAGAGGCUGGCUACUAGACCACCACUGGCACUCACCAAGAAAGAUGUGGAGAAACAACUCAAGGAACUACAACAGAUCAGAAAUGAUGUCUGGAAGAGGUCUGGUGAAUACGAGAAUAACAGGACUCUUGGAGAGACUUUGAUAUCAGCGUGUGACGUGGACCAAGACGUAGUAAGGAGACAGCUCGAUACUAUGAAAGAGAGAUGGGAUAGAAUCAAUAAUGAGGUGCUCCAACAAGUGGAAUAUCUAGAGUCGACCGCUCGUAAGCUUGGCGAGUUCUUAGAGAGGGUACGCGCAGUGGAGGCGCCCUUAGCCAGGUGUGAGGAGCGUCUGGAAACCGCCUUGUCUGCGCCGCCCGCGGCCGCCAGAGAUCAGGUCGCGAGGCUGGCGGACCAUGUUCAUGCUUUGAGAGCCCCAUUACAGAGCAUCAACAUAGCAGCGGACGAUAUAGUGGCUCUGGCUAUGGAAAAUGGCGGCGAGGAAGCCGGUGCUAGAGCUCGUCAAGUUCUUGAAGAAACAGCCAAGAACCUCGCGGAACGUCUGCAAGACCUGGAGAAGAGGACCGAUGACGCGCGAGACAAGCUAGCCGGAGCUGCUGCAGCAUAUUCACAGUUCCAGGACAAAGUAAAGAACGUUUCACACGAUAUAUCUGACUUGGAGAAGGAGUUAGACGCUAUGAAGGCUCCCGGCAGAGAGAUCAAAAUAGUGAAGGCACAGUUGGAUGACCUGGCUCGGUACUACAAGAAACUGGAGCAAGCUGAUGACCUGGUGGCAGAAUCUGCGAAGGCCGCUGAAAGUCUUGUUGACAGCGGCUUCGCUGAAUCCGCUAAGGCCAGAGAUCAGGUGGAUAGUAUCCGCAAACAGCUUGCCAAGCUGGAUGAACGUGCUCGCGCCAAGGAACAAGACCUGGACGAUACUCUCAGCAAGCUGGAAGCCUUCUAUAAAGCAUAUGACUCGGUUAUGGAUGAUGUUGAUGAGGCCACGGAGCAAGUGCGAAGUCUAAAACCUGUGUCAUCAGAGGUAGAACACAUUAGGGCUCAGCAAAAAGACUUUGCAGAGUUAAAGAAGCAUACUUUGGAACCUCUGGGUGUGAAUGUGACUCACUGCAACAGAAUAGGCCAAGGACUAGUUAGGUCCGCGCUACAAGGAGCUAGUACUGGACAGCUUGAAAAAGACUUGGAGAAAAUGAACGAUAGGUGGAACGCUUUGAAGGAUAAGAUGAACGAAAGAGAACGUCGUUUGGACGUCGGUCUUCUUCAGUCGGGUAAAUUCGCGGAAGCUCUGGCUGGUCUGGAAAAAUGGUUGGCUGAUACAGAAGAUAUGGUUAACAACCAGAAGUCACCCUCCGCUGACUACAAGGUCGUUAAGGCUCAGCUUCAAGAACAGAAGUUCCUCAAGAAGAUGCUAAUGGACCGUCAGAACUCGAUGUCGUCUCUAUUCGCGAUGGGUAACGAGGUGGCGGCCGGCUGCGACCCAGCGGAGAGGAAGCUCAUAGAGAAACAACUCAAAGGAUUAAUGCAGAGGUUCGAUGACCUCACCACCGGCGCGCAGCAGAGGAUGAUGGACCUGGAACAAGCUAUGAAGGUGGCGAAAUUAUUCCAAGAACAACUACAACCAUUGUUAGAGUGGCUCGGUACUACUGAGAGAAAGGUGAAGGCUUUAGAACUGGUGCCUACCGACGAGGAGAAAAUACAACAAAAAAUAAGAGAGCACAAGGUGCUCCACGAGGACAUUCUAUCCCGUCGUCCUCAGUUCUCUCAGCUGACUGACACAGCGUCCCAACUGCUGUCCCUAGUCGGUGAUGAUGAAGCCGCCGCCCUCGCUGAUAGGCUGCAAGCUGCCACCGACCGUUACCAAGCGCUAGUAGACCACAGCUUGAACAUCGGCUCGCUGCUGGACAGUUCUCGUAAGGGUUUGCGUCAUUUGGUGCUGACUUACCAGGAGCUGUCUUUGUGGAUGGACGGCAUGGAACAAUUGUUAGCUAGAAGGAGGCUGCUGCCUGUACAUAUGGAGGAGCUGCUCAGGCAGAUGGAUGAACUGGCGGAGAAAACCGAAGAGAUCGCAGCUAAACAAGAGGCAGUGGACAGUACGGUGGAGUCAGGCUUGGAGCUGAUGAAACACAUCUCAGGAGACGAGGCGCUACAGCUUAAAGACAAGCUGGACGCGCUACAGAGACGAUACAACGACCUCACCUCUAAGGGAGCUGAUUUAUUGAGGAUCGCCUCCGAGACACUACCACUAGUGCAGCAACUGUACAACAGUCACAACAAGUUAUCAGACUGGUUGUCAAGCGCGGAGACUUGUCUGCAGUCCGUGGACCCUCGAGAGGAAGAUAUAUUAAGACUAGAGGCUGAGCUACAAGAGUUUAGACCACUAUUGGAUAAUAUUAACUUGGUUGGACCACAACUGUGUCAGAUCUCCCCGGGAGAGGGCGCGGCUCACGUUGAAGGUGUAGUGACUCGUGACAACAGACGGUUCGACGCUGUAGCAGAACAAGUGCAAAGAAAGGCCGAGAGGUUACUACUGAGCAAGAAGCGUUCCCUGGAGGUUGUGGGUGAUAUGGAGGAAGUGAUCGAGUGGCUGCGUGGAGCGGACUCCAUGCUGAGGUCAGCGGAGCCCCCGGCCGGGGACGCGGCCGCGCUUAGGGCUCAACUGGCGCAACAACGACCGCUGGCUGAUGACGUGGCUGCUCAACGAGCUAGAGCCAGGGACCUACUGGGACAGGCGAAGAAGGUGUUACGCGAGUGCCAGUCGUCAGACGAGGCGGCUAUCAUUCGCGAGCGAUCUGACGAGUUAAAGGAGAUGAUGGAAGAGGUGGCAGCCCUGAGCGCCGCACGACUGGCAGCCCUGGAGCAAGCCUUACCGCUAGCCGAACACUUCGCGGACACACACAACGGUCUAUCCGCGUGGUUGGAUGAGAUGGAAAAACAGGUUUCAUCGCUAGCGCUGCCAGCCCUUCGUCCAGAUCACAUCGCGCAGCAGCAGGACAAAAACGAGAUGCUGCAGCAGUCUAUAGCUGGACACAAGCCGCUCGUGGACAAGCUCAUCAAAACCGGCGAAGCUCUGGCCAAGCUGUGCGGGGAAGAGGAUGCUGCUAAGAUACAGGACACUGUGGAAAAUGACUGUGAUAGAUACAACGCAAUACGAGCGGAACUGAGACAGAGGCAGCAGGAGUUGGAACAGGCUUUGCAAGAGUCUGCUGUAUUCGCGGAGAGACUGGAAGGCAUGGUUCGAGCUUUGUCCGGGGCCGCGGAGCAACUCAGAACGGCCGAGCCUGUGUCCGCUCACCCUCAUAGAAUACUUGAACAAAUGGAUGAGAACAACGCUCUUAUCGAGGACUUAGACAAACGUCAAGAGGCGUACCGAGCGGUGACGCGGGCUGCUAGUGACGUCAUGGCUAAGGCCAGCAACAGCGACCCCGCUGUUAGGGACAUACGGGCUAAACUAGACAAACUUAACAAAUUAUGGGCGGAGGUUCAGAAAUCUUCAUCCGACCGCGGUCACUCUCUCGAGAGCGCUUUGGAAAUGGCCCGUAAGUUCUGGCAACAGCUGGACACUGUGAUGUCAGCGUUGGCAGAUCUGGCUGACUCGCUGGCAGCGCAGCCACCCCCGGCAGCCCAGCCAGCGGACAUACAGGCGCAACAAGUGGCAUUACAGGAGAUCAGGCAUGAAAUAGACCACACCAAGCCUGAGGUGGAGAAAGUCCGUAAGAGCGGUUCCAGCCUGAUGUCGAUAUGCGGCGAACCUGACAAGCCGGAGGUCAAGAAACAUAUGGAGGAGCUUGACAGCGCAUGGGACAACAUCACUGCUCUGUACGCGCGCAGAGAAGAGAACCUCAUAGACGCUAUGGAGAAGGCUAUGGAGUUCCAUGACACGCUACAGAACCUGAACUCGUUCCUGGACACCGCGGAGGAUAAAUUCUCUCGCAUGGGUCCGCUGGGCUCGGACAUAGACGCGGUCAAGAGACAGAUCGCGCAGCUGGCCGCCUUCAAGCAGGAGGUCGACCCGCACAUGGUGAAGGUGGAGGCUCUGAACAGACAAGCCGGCGAGUUAACAGAGCGCACGUCUCCCGAACAAGCUGCGUCUAUUCGUCAGCCUUUAAGUGCGGUGAACGCCCGCUGGGCGGCGCUGCUGAGAGGCAUGGUAGAGAGACACCAACAGCUGGAACGAGCGCUGCUUGGCCUGGGACAGCUGCAGCACGCACUCAGAGACACGCUGCAGUGGAUACAACACACCAGCGACACCUUGGAUACGCUCGCACCGGUGGCCGGUGACCCGCAAGCUCUAGAGGUGGAGUUGGCCAAGUUGAAGGUGCUCGUGAAUGAUAUAGCAGCUCACCAAGCCAGCGUCGACACGUUGAAUGAGGCGGCCGCUACACUCAUGCACCAGGCUGACGGUUCAGAUGAAGCUGGCGAGACUGCAGAGAAGUUGACGCUGUUGAAUAAGAAGUGGCGCGAGUUACAACAGAAGGCCAGGGACAGGCAGGCGGAACUGGAGGACGCGCUUAGAGAGGCGCAGAGUUUCAACCUGGAGAUCGGUGACCUGUUAUCAUGGGCUGUGGAGGUUGACGCUGCUAUAGCCGCCUCCCGACCAGUGGGAGGGCUGCCCGAGACCGCCGCUGAACAACUGGACCGAUUCAUGGAAAUAUAUAACGAAGUGGAAGCCAACCGCCCCAAAGUAGAAGCGGUGUUGCAGCAAGGCCAGGAGUACAUCAAGAGACAGGCCAAGCCCAACCCAACCUCACAACUACACCUCAGUCUGAAGAACCUUAAGACACGAUGGGAUAAUGUCACCUCUAGGGCAUCAGACAAGAAGAUCAAGUUGGAGAUAGCUCUUAAAGAAGCGACGGAAUUCCACGAAGCGUUACAGGCCUUCGUAGACUGGCUGACCAGCGCCGAAAAAACUCUUACCUCCGCCAAGCCUGUGUCCAGAGUUAUGGAGACAUUAUUGAGUCAAGUGGAGGAGCAUAAACUAUUCCAGAAGGAAGUGUCCACUCACCGCGAGACCAUGCUUCAAUUGGAUAAGAAGGGCACUCACUUGAAGUACUUCAGCCAGAAGCAGGACGUUAUACUGAUCAAGAACUUGUUGGUGUCCGUGCAGCAUCGCUGGGAGAGAGUUGUGGCUCGUGCCGCGGAGAGAACCCGCGCCUUGGACCACGGACUUAAAGAGGCUAGGGAGUUCAAUGACCUCUGGAACAACAUGAUGUCGUGGCUGGAAGAGACAGAGAAACAACUGGAUGAACUAAACUCAGAAACCGCGGUCAAUGACCCUGAAAAGAUCAAACUCAGGUUGAACAAACAUAGAGAAUUCCAGAAGGCUCUAGCGGCCAAACAACCUGUGUACGACCAAACAACUAAGGUCGGCAAACAAUUGAAGGACAAAGCUCCGAAGACCGACGAACCGGUACUCAAGAAUAUGUUGACGGAGCUCAAGACUAAAUGGACUACUGUGUGCUCGAAAGCUGUUGAUAGACAACGUCGUCUUGAAGAAGCCCUGCUGUACUCGGGUCAGUUCAAAGACGCGAUGUCAGCGCUCCUCGACUGGCUGAAGAAGAGACAGGCGACGCUCUCCGCCGACCAACCAUUACACGGAGACCUCGACACUGUCAUGGCCCUCAUAGAACAACAUAAGCAAUUCGAAGAGGACCUGCACUCGCGAGAACAACAGAUGCAGUCGGUACUUAAAACAGGAAGAGAUCUUGAAGCUACGGUCCCGCCAGAGGACGCUCAGAACAUCAAGUUGCAGUGUAGCGAACUCACCGCGGCCUGGGACAGCGUCGUCUCACUCGCGGAGAAGAAAGCUAGCAGGCUGGAGGCGGCUCUCAAAGAGGCGGAGCGUCUCCACAAAUCAGUGAAUCUACUGCUGGAGUGGCUAUCAGACGCGGAGAGUCGUCUGCGGUUCACUGGUCAGCUAUCAGAGGCUGAACACGACGCGCAGCAGCAGCUGGCCGACCACGAACGGUUCAGCGCCGAAUUGAGAGACAAACAGAAAGACAAGGACGACACUAUAGCUCUAGCUCACUCUAUCCUGGCCAAGGCGCACCCGGACGCGGUCAGCGUCAUCAAGCACUGGAUCACCAUCAUACAGAGCCGAUGGGACGAGGUGUGGCAAUGGUCUAUCCAGCGUGGAAACAAGCUAGCAGCCCACGCACGCUCACUUCGAGACUUGGACUUGGUGUUAGACGAGCUGCUGCAAUGGCUGGCUGGUCUGGAGGGCACGCUUAGAGCUCUGGAGACGGAACCUCUGCCCGAGUCUAUAGAACUAUUAGAAGGUCUGAUAGACGACCACAAGGACUUGAUGGAACACACGCAGAAAAGACAGCAGGAGGUGGACAGAGUGUGCAAGGCUUACCAGGUGAAGAGCCAAAGCCAGGGUCGCGAGACUACUCCAAGAAAGAUAUCAGCCAAGACCGCAAUCAGAGGAACGCCAAGCCGCGGCUCCCAGCACGACCUGCACAGAGACCGCUCCGCCUCGCCAGACUACUACGGAACAAGGCGGUACAGUCGCGCGAGUCCCGGACGAGAGUCGCCUGAACGCCUGCCGCACUACGGACCGAGGUUCCCACCUAAAGGAAGCAAAGGCUCCGAGCCCGAGUUCCGUUCGCCUCGCGUGAAGCAGCUGUGGGACCGCUGGCGUAAUGUAUGGCUGAUGGCCUGGGAGAGGCAGAGGAGGCUGCACGAACGACUCGCUCAUCUUAGGGAACUACAGAGAGUCUCUAACUUCAGCUGGGACGAAUGGAGGAAACAGUUCCUGAAAUUCAUGAACCACAAGAAGUCCCGUCUGACGGACCUGUUCCGUAAGAUGGAUAAGGAUAAUAACGGGCUCAUACCCAGGAACGAGUUUAUUGACGGAAUACUUAACACCAAAUUCGACACUUCCCGCCUGGAGAUGGGCGCUGUGGCUGAUCUGUUUGAUAGGAACGGAAGCGGACUCAUCGACUGGGAGGAAUUCAUAGCGGCUUUGAGACCCGACUGGGUUGAGAGACGCGGCCCACCGACUGACGCUGAUAAGAUCCACGAUGAGGUGAAGCGUCUAGUGAUGCUCUGUACUUGCAGACAGAAGUUCAGGGUGUUCCAGGUCGGAGAGGGCAAGUACAGGUUCGGCGACUCUCAAAAGCUCCGUCUCGUUCGUAUCCUCCGCUCCACUGUGAUGGUGCGAGUGGGAGGAGGCUGGGUCGCACUCGAUGAGUUCCUCGUGAAGAACGACCCGUGCAGAGGUAUAUGUGUAGUAUAUGAAUAUCACGUAGUUCAAGCGAGACUUGUUCCACAGUCCACACUACAAAAUUGUAGUCUUUACUUUAACUACGAGUCUGCUUCAUCAAAUAGAAAGUUUUACAGUUUAGAAUUCAUGUUGGAAAUUUAUUGA